AUUCAUAUAAUAAUUUUGCAAACUUAUGUAUAUGGUAUCUGUUGUAUCUCUGAAUUAUGAUCAAAGAGAAAGAAGUCUUAUAAAUAGAAAAAGAUAAUUUUAUAAAAAUUAUUGCUAACGAGCACUCAAAUGUAUAUAACAAAUAGAAAACUGACAGUGCAGGAAAAAUACUUGUGUGGAUGGCUUUGAAUGGAAAUAUUUUAGUUAUAAAACAUAGAAUGUACAAAUAGAAAUAGUAAAUUUGUGAUAUUCAAAUAACUGCUGAUAUUUGUAAACUUAUAAAACAUAUUUGAUCAACUACUAACAAUGUUGCGAAUAAGAUUAUGGCGUCACGUAAAUUUAAAUAAUUAUUUUGCAACUCAUCAAUUUUCCAAAAGCUUCAAAUAUGUUGGUGCAGGGAUGACAUUGUUGGGCAUUAGUUAUACCUUUCUACCUCCAAAGAGAAAAAAAGUUGCAAAGAGCGUUGCAGGCAGUUGUAUCAGAUUUACAAGGUCACUGAAAAUUGGUGUAACAAUAUCUAUAGAUUACUUGAUUGCUCCUUUAAUGGGUUAUACAGAAACGGAAAUUCAUCGAAGAUCUGCCGAUCGGAUUGUUCAGGGAUGCUUGCAAAAUGGUGGAAUUUACAUAAAGCUUGGACAAGGUCUAGCAGCAAUCAAUCAUAUUUUACCAAAAGAAUAUAUCGAAAGUUUAUCAAUAUUACAGGAUAAAUGUUUAACUCGAGAAAAGGAUGAAAUGGAAGAAAUAUUUUUACAAGAUUUUGGCAAGAAACCUGAGGAAAUGUUACGUGAAAUUGAACCCGAGCCAGUUGCAGCAGCUAGUUUAGCUCAGGUAUACAAAGGUGUAACUCUAAAUGGAGAUAAAGUGGCUAUCAAAGUACAAUACAUUGAUCUUCAGGAUCGAUUCACAUCCGACUUGAGGGCAAUAGUUUAUUUAUUAAAGGCUGUGACUAUUAUACAUCCCAAAUUCGAUUUGCAUUGGGUGCUUGAUGAGGUCAUUGAUACAUUGCAUAUGGAAUUAGAUUUCCAGAAUGAAGGAAGAAAUGGAGAAAAAUGUGCUAAAGAUUUAAAGAAAUUCGAAUAUGUAUAUGUGCCAAAAGUUUAUUGGAAUCUUAGCAGCAAAAGGAUUCUUACAACUGAAUGGAUUGAUGGUAUUAAAAUCACAGAUGUGGAAGGAAUUAAGGCUCAAGGAUUAAACAUUUCGGAUGUCGAUAAAAAACUAGUCACUUUAAUGGCAGAACAAAUAUUUCACACAGGAUUCAUACACGCUGAUCCACAUCCAGGGAAUGUUCUAGUAAGGAAGGGAAAGGAUGGAAAAGCGCAAAUAGUGCUACUAGAUCAUGGCUUAUAUGAACACAUGACAGAGAAGGUGAGACAUACUUUAUGCAAUUUAUGGGAAUCAAUGGUUUUGAGAGAUGAAAAUUCCUUAAAAAUUCUUGCAAAUGAUUUGAACGUGAAAGAUUACAUAGUAUUGGUGGAAAUGUUAUGUCAAGCACCAUACAAAAUUUCUUUCGCAUCAUUGGAUAAUAUGACACUGGAAGAUUAUAUGAGAAAACGGGUAAAAGAGCGAUUCGAUAAAAUAACAGCUGCAUUGCAAUCAAUGCCUAAGUGUAUGAUGCUAAUAAUCAGAAACUUGAACACAAUACGUGCUAUUAUCAAAGAUCACGGAGACAUUAUCAAUAGGUAUAGGAUAAUGGCAAGAAUCGCGACACGUGGAAAAUAUCAAACUGCAAAACAAUCUUUUUACGAAAAUAUCGUGGGUAUUUGUAGUAUCGUAAAAUUCGAAGCUCAUAUCUACUUCAACAAUCUCUUACAAUGGAUAACUAAACUUUAUCUAACUUUUUUGAAGUUACUUGGUUACACCAAUGUUACACCAAUCUUACAAACAUUGUAGCAAUUUAAUAAAAAAUUUAUAUAUUGUAACAUAUUAUAUUUAAUAUGUUGAUUAUGUCAGA